AUGAAUGGGCACAUCAUACCCAAAACCAAUAUCGCUGUGGAUUUUUGGAAAAUUAAAGGACGUCAGGAUAUCCUUGUUCACUUCCUUACUCACUUGCAUGGAGAUCACACGAUAGGUCUAACCUCAACAUGGAAUAAACCUGUACAUUGUUCAAGCUUCACUGCAGAGCUAUUAAAAUCAAAGUAUGGAAUUUCAAACAAGCUCCUGCGUGUGCUUCCUCUCAAUGAAAGUGUUCAUAUUGACACAUCGUCGUGUGGAAGUUUUUCAGUCACAGCUUGUGAUGCCAACCACUGCCCCGGAGCUGUCAUGUUUUAUUUUCAAGGGGAUUUUGGAAAUAUUUUCUACACCGGAGACUUUAGAGCUUCAGAGAGUUUAAUCGAGUCCUGCCUCACUCUGAAAGGAAAGAUAGAUGUACUAUACUUGGACAAUACCUAUUGCAGUCCAAAAUGUAUCUUCCCUUCCCAGGAGGAAUGCUUUGAUAAAAUAGUGGAGAUUAUUAGACGGUAUCCUGAUCACGAUGUUCUUAUUGGUGUUCAAACUCUUGGCAAAGAGUUUAUGCUCGGAAGACUUGGUGCAGCUCUGAAUGAGACAAUAGCCGUCUCUCCCGAGAUGUACAAAAUAUGUGAUUACUUGUUUGACACAAAUGUUUUCACCACAAUUCAUUUGAAUGAACAGAGUCGCAUAAGAGCAAUACCUUUACAAGAUCUCACAAGGGCGUACUGGCAAUAUCCCAAACAUUGUAUAGCUAUAAAACCAACUGCUUUGUUUGCUGGUAUG